AUGGUAUUUGUGGAGGGGACAAAGGAGUCUAUUCAGGGAGCUUUGGCAGUGUUUGAUACCUUUGCUGAGUGGUCGGGUCUUACUAUAAGCAUUGCCAAAUCCACUUUAUAUCUAGCAGGGUUUUCGGAGAAUGAGAUGAACAACAUAUUGUCCAACUUCCCGUUUGCAAAAGGUGAUCUCCCGGUUCGGUAUUUGGGUCUACCAUUGAUGACUAAAGUGAUGAGGAAGCAAGAUUACUUCCCUCUUGUUGAGAAGAUCAGAGAGUUGAAAGCUAUGGGAGCUAAGGUGGCUUGGUCGGUUAUCUGUCAGACAAAUAAAGAAGGAGGUUUGGGUAUAAGAGAUCUUAAAGUUGUUAACAAAGUAAAUGUACUAAAACUCAUAUGGAGAUUGUUCUCGGGAAAGUCUCUGUGGGGCAAAUGGAUUGAAGCGAAUCUGCUGAAAAGGAAGUGUUUCUGGGAGAUAAGGGAGAAAACGCAAGUGGGGUCUUGGAUGUGGAGAAAAAUGCUGAGAAUGAGAGAUGUAGCAAGGAGGUUUCAUAUGAGAGAAUUGGGAAAUGGAAGGCAUAUCUCGUUCUGGUUUGACAAUUGGUGCGAAAAGGGUGUUAUGUUCUCUCUAUUGGGUGAGCAUGGCAUUGUGAGCAUGGGGAUCAGUAGAGAGGCCACAGUGGAGGAGGCGGUUAUGUGUGUUCGAAGAAGGAGGAGUCAUCGAUCUUAG